GGCGAAGGAAAUUGAUGGGUAGUUCGCUAGCUGCGGUUCUCCAUUUUCUUUUAAUUCUUGACGUUCGCUCAUUAUCCGAAGUGAAAACGGUCGAAUUUGAAAGUAGAUGGUAAACUGAUAUAUAAAGUAACGUUAGGCGUGUUAAUCAUGGCGUGUUUCGCUUGCUAGCUGAGGAAGAGAUGUCGGGAGAAAGUGUGGUGAGCUCGGCGGUGCCAGCAGCUACAACGCGGACCACCUCCUUCAAGGGUUCCAGUCCCAGCUCCAAGUAUGUGAAGCUGAACGUGGGCGGUGCGCUCUACUACACCACCAUGCAAACCCUCACCAAACAGGACACCAUGCUGAAGGCCAUGUUCAGCGGCAGGAUGGAGGUGCUGACCGACAGCGAAGGGUGGAUCCUGAUCGACCGCUGCGGGAAGCAUUUCGGGACCAUCCUGAACUACCUGCGGGACGGGGCCGUGCCCCUCCCGGAGAGCCGGCGGGAGAUCGAGGAGCUGCUGGCCGAGGCCAAGUAUUACCUGGUGCAGGGCCUGGCGGACGAGUGCCAGGCUGCGCUGCAGAACAAAGACACCUAUGAGCCCUUCUGUAAAGUGCCCCUGGUGACAUCAUCCAAGGAAGAACAGCGGCUCAUUGCCACCUCCAACAAGCCUACCGUCAAACUCCUGUACAACAGAAGCAACAACAAGUAUUCAUACACGAGCAACUCGGACGACAACAUGCUGAAGAACAUCGAGCUCUUCGACAAGCUGUCGCUGCGCUUCAACGGGCGUGUGCUCUUCAUCAAGGACGUGAUCGGGGACGAGAUCUGCUGCUGGUCCUUCUACGGGCAGGGCCGCAAGAUCGCCGAGGUGUGCUGCACCUCCAUCGUGUACGCCACGGAGAAGAAGCAGACCAAGGUGGAGUUCCCUGAGGCCAGGAUCUACGAGGAGACCCUGAACAUCCUCCUGUACGAGUCCCAGGACGGCCGGGGCCCCGAUAACGCCCUGCUGGAGGCCACGGGGGGCGCGGCCGGACGGUCCAACCACCUGGACGAGGACGAGGAGCGGGAGCGCAUUGAGCGUGUGCGCCGUAUCCACGUCAAACGCCCUGACGACCGCACGCACCACCACCAGUGAUCCCCCCCCGCGCCCUGACGACCGCACACCACCACCAGUGAUCCCCCCCGCGCCCUGACGACCACACACACCACCACCAGUGAUCCCCACGCGCCCUGACAACCGCACACCACCACCAGUGAUCCCCCCCCGCGCCCUGACGACCGCACACCACCACCAGUGAUCCCCACGCGCCCUGACGACCGCACCCACCACCACCAGUGACCCCCCCCACACCCUGACGACCGCACCCACCACCACCAGUGAUCCCCCCCACGCCCUGACGACCACACACACCACCACCAGUGACCCCCCCCCACACCCCGCCCCCACGCCCCGUGCCUUACACUGACCAGCGCUUCGCCUCUUGCCUUGCCCGCACAUACAAACACACACACCCCACAGCCACUGGGGAAGAGAGGCACAGACUUCACCGUCUCUAACAGACUCAGUUCCAGUGCCCACCGCAGAUGCAGCCAUUUGCUCUUCUAUACAAAUGUUUUAAAAGAAACACUUUAAAAAAAAAACAAAAAACAAACAAAAAACCUCACACACCGUUUUGCAAAUUUCUGUUAUCGUGGGUGGGUUAUGGGGGGGGGGGUGGUUUGUCUCAGUGGGGGUGAGAGGGUCGUUCCCUUUUCUCAAACAAAGUACAACAACAAAACAAAACAAAAAACAGUGUUCAAUACAACAGCGGCUCAAAGGAUGCAAGCGUUUGGGGAAGGCAGCAGGCUCUCCUUUCAGUAACUGCUGUUUCUACCCCCUCGAGCAGCUGUUAAAAUCCAAGCAAUUUUAAAAAGCUUCAAAAGGAACGGGGCGAAUCCUUCCGAGACUGCAGCAGGCCCCCCGAGUGUUCCAAAAAAACGCACGGAACGCAUUCCUGAGCACUCCUGUCCUGUGUGCCGUUCUGGUGAUCGAAUUCAUUUGUGUUUGGGUUUUAUUGAUUCUGUGGACGAGGGGCUGUUUUGCCAGACGAAACUAAUUUGAGCGGUGUCCUCGUGACGGUUGCAGCCUGUGUGGGAUUAAGCAAAGAUACGGAAAUGUGUUCUGAAAUUGGGCGGGGAGAUAUUUAAGGGCUUGCCUUGAUUUGAGGUUCUUUCACCUUUAAAUUCCUGUAUUUAAAAAAAAAAAAAAAAAAAAAAAACACCAAAAAAAAACAUUGAGGAUCUGAAUUUGUUUUUGCCCAGCAAGUUGAAAGGUCUGCAUCUGGUGGUAUGUUUAAAAUACCAUUACUAUUAUUAUAGUACAUAAUAACAUCCCUGUGUUAUUAUAAUUGUGUGAUUAUCUGACCCAGGAUAAUCUGCACUCCAUACUCUGAAUAUAUCUGUGUGUAGUUGACGUGUCUGCUGAUGUUUUGAGUGAAUCCGUGUGCGUUGUGUGUGGCGUUGCCUUGUUUGUGCGUGACUCUGAAGUUUGUCGGACACGAGUAGCAGCUGGGCGCUCCUGGCCACAGGUGUCCAGAGGUGAAGGCAUUUUAAACGGUUUUGGCUUUUAUUGUGCCGUGUUUAACUGUCGUUUAACGUAACGUAUCAUGAAUGGAAUGUGUGCGCCGGAAAUGUGAGAGGGAAACGGCCAUUGUGCUUUGUUGUCGGGUCUCGUGUCGGAGGGUGCGGUUUAAUGCAGUCUGCCGGGAAAGCAGAAGGAUUAGAGGAGAACGGUGAGUUUGAGUGUCUCGGAGGUAUCUUUAAGUGUCGGGUGGUUUGUGUCUGAAGCUACGUCCUCUAGGACAGCUUGUCUGCGAAGGUUGCUAAGAGACUGCAGCAAGGAGACCUGUACUACAGAGAAAGUGCUGCUGUUCAACAGCAGAGGGCAGCGUGUGAAAGGAGAAAUGAAAGUGCUCCUUUUACAGUUUUGUGGACCGGAUAAGCGGUCUCCCACAAUCACUGUAGGAACAGGCUCGCUGUCUAAUCGCGUCAGUUCUUUGGCCGCGUUUAGCUUCUCGGUUACUCUAAGCUGGGGGGCCGGAGCGGUCGGUGGCCGGCGUUUCUUUGUUCGGUUGCCUAAAUUCUCGUCGGGCUCAGCGUGGAAGUUUUUAAAAGAGGAGAAUUUGAGCCUUGGAGUGAGGUGUUAAAUAAUACCCGGCUGAUUGAAUAAUUCCUCCUGUUUGGAAACAGGAGACCGAAGACUUAAAACGGAAACCGGACGCCGCGCUCCAGGGGCUAGGAGGGUCCGCUGUAAGUGGGAGCCAUACAGUUGGAGGGGGGGGGUUUGCUUCUUUACAGUGUUCACAAAGAAAUGUACGUACAUUUUGUUAGAUGACUGAGACGUAUUUUUUACAAUCAUCACACGUAGAAGAAAAAAAAAAUCUCUUUGUACAGAUAUGCACAGAGAAAUGUUUUACUUAUAUUUAUACCUACAUUAUCUCAAUAAAGAUUUAUACCAGAGAA